CGUGAGUACGCGAGCUCGGUGGCGGCGCGGCGGAGAUAAAAGGGCACUCAGGUCCUGCCUCCCUCUCGACGCGCCUCUGAAAGAUCGGAGCCGCCGCCCGGUCCUGCCUCCCCCCCCCCCGCCUCCGGCGCCCAAGGGAAAUAGUUUUGAGGUGGUGAUGGCGGACCAGGUCAACCAACCAACUGUCCUUCACAAGCUCGGUGGCCAGUUCCACCUGAGCUCCAGCUUCUCUGAAGGUGUACGGGCCCGUAACAUCUGCCCUUCUGUCUCAUCCUAUGAAAGGAGUUUUGCCACAAGGAAUUACAUGACCCAGACUCUUUGGGGGCCUUCAAUGUCCGUCAGUGGUGGCAUCAAUGUCCCGGUGGUUUCAUCCUCCCCACUUUUUGCUAAUGCUCCAGCUGAGAAAGGAGGCAAGAACUUCAUGGUUGAUUUCCUCAUGGGUGGUGUUUCAGCUGCUGUCUCAAAGACUGCUGCUGCUCCCAUUGAGCGUGUGAAGCUGCUUAUUCAGAACCAGGAUGAGAUGAUUAAGGCUGGUAGGCUUUCUGAGCCAUACAAGGGUAUUGGUGACUGCUUCAAGCGCACCAUCAAGGAUGAGGGUUUCUCCUCCCUGUGGAGGGGUAACACAGCUAAUGUUAUUCGCUACUUCCCUACUCAGGCUUUGAACUUUGCGUUCAAGGACUACUUCAAGAGGCUCUUCAACUUCAAGAAGGACAGGGAUGGUUACUGGAAGUGGUUCGCUGGCAACCUUGCCUCUGGUGGUGCUGCUGGUGCUUCUUCCCUGUUUUUUGUUUACUCCCUGGACUAUGCAAGGACAAGGCUGGCCAAUGAUGCCAAGGCAGCCAAGGGAGGAGGUGAAAGGCAAUUCAAUGGUCUUGUUGAUGUCUACCGCAAGACUCUCAAGUCUGAUGGUAUUGCUGGGCUUUACCGGGGAUUUAACAUCUCUUGUGUUGGAAUCAUCGUAUACCGUGGUCUGUACUUUGGGCUGUACGAUUCUAUCAAGCCAGUUGUCCUCACCGGCAGCCUCCAGGACAACUUCUUUGCGAGCUUCGCCCUGGGUUGGUUGAUCACCAACGGUGCUGGUCUUGCAUCUUACCCCAUUGACACUGUCCGCAGACGCAUGAUGAUGACGUCUGGUGAGGCUGUGAAGUACAAGAGCUCCUUGGAUGCGUUCCAGCAGAUCCUGAAGAAGGAAGGCCCCAAGUCACUGUUCAAGGGUGCUGGUGCCAACAUCCUCCGUGCCAUUGCUGGUGCUGGUGUGCUCUCUGGUUAUGACCAGCUCCAGAUCCUCUUCUUCGGGAAGAAGUACGGCUCCGGCGGUGCUUAAAUGAAGAAAAAAUGAUGACGAACAAGAGCAGUUUGUUCCCGGUCCUGCCCAAUCAGGAUUUGGUGAAGUUUUUGCCUUUCAUAUCAAAAAAGUAAUAAUUCAUGUAGAGGGAGGAUUCUUCCAACAUUCGUUUUGGGUGGAGGCUUCGAUCUCCAAACACAAUCGUAACUAUCCUAGAUAUGGUGGCAUCAGUCCCCAAAAACAUUUGUCGUCAUAGGUUCAGUCGAGUCUGCCCAACUUUAUCAGUCGGGCAAUUUUCCUUACAUACAUUGCCUUCGAUUUAAGUAUCGGAUGAGAGUCAAGUUGAUGCGGUUAAUUUUUCUUGUUGCAAUGCCUAAUGAUGCCAGUGAUUUUGUUCGUGA